UGCUGGUGGCGAGGUGAGCUGCCUGGUGCCGCGAGGACGUCUCCGCGCUCUGUUUACUCUCCUCAUGUCCAAAAGUCAUGGAUGAUCCAACCGAUGAGCAAACAUAUAGGCUCCAGUGUCUGCUCGGUCAGUCUGUCAAGUCGGCGGCGCUCCAUCUGAAAUCACUGUAGCUGAGGGAUCAUCUCAUCAGUGUUCAAGUUCAGGAGCCCAAAGCCGAGCAAAGUGGACCUCUGUAUUUUCUCCAGAAUCUCCCGUGCUCCCGCCACCUCUGAUCUGGUGUCAAAAUGGCUUCACAACGGGGAGACAUUCCAGCACUUGAGUCUGGCACAUCGUCUGGACUCUUUGGCGCUUUCUCGUCUCCUAUCGGAAUGCCACGGCGCACCGUCAGCUAUGACGAGCUCAUGGAUGCCACCAUACAUUCACCACCUUCAGAUUUGAAUGUCAACAUCUUAUGGAAAGACCCUGUCAUCCCACAGCACAGGUUCAGGAACGUUGCAGAGGAAGGCGAGAGCGGUGGGAGGACGGUGACUUUUGACGCAGCAGCGUCUGUCAAGUCUCCAGUGCCUGUUGUGAAAGCCAAAGCUACCUCUUUAAUGAACACACUUAGGAUCAAGCAGACCCAGGAGAGCCUCCAGAAGUUUGAGCACCAGGCGGGGCUCACUGACGCAGGGUAUUCUCCCCACAAGGGGCUCUCUGCUGAGGAGACCCGCCAUUACCGACUGGGUGACGGCACAAUGCCAAAGUUGAGAAUGCCAAGCGGGGACUUCAAGGAGGACAGGUGUACAACAUCAGCACAAUCCACCCCAAGUGGCACCCCUUCUGUCACUCCCUCUGUCACCCCCAGUGUCACCCCCUGUGUGAGUCCCCACUCAUCACCGGCUCUAAGUCGCAGGAGCUGGUUCCAGCUGAGUCCUGCGCCUUACCUUGUCCUCCCAGAACUCAACAGUCCCACCCCCGGCACAGACAUGGGAGGAAAUGAGGGAGGAGGAGGAGAGAGGUGGAGCUUCUUUGGAACUCGACCUGUGGUACAGAAGUCCCCCACUGACCCAGGCUGCGAAACCAGCACAGGCUUCUCACUGCAGUCCUACUUUGGCAUGCAGAAGUCCUCUACUAUGGAUGGCACCAAACCCCAGGUCAACUUCAAGGUGGACGACCCCGCCGCCCUCAUACCCCCCAAGAUUGAAAUCUCGGGCAUCGAGGCCAAGCGGGCGCCCACACGGCCUCACAAACUAAAACCUCGGGACAUGAAUGUUUUGACACCUUCAGGCUUCUGAAGCCAGACCAGCUGUGUAGUAACACCUCUGUACUACAUCUUAUUGCUCACUACUUUCCCUGCUUUUCUCUGUCCUCCCUGCCUCCCUGCGAAUCCACCGAGGCUGAGAGGAAUGAGGACCACCCACAGUAUUAGCUCACCAGCCCCAGAGACACCACUGCACUGUCACUCCUCCCAGCUGACCUACUCCUACGGAUCACCACCUUUCUUUUCGUCCCUUCCCUGUCUUCUCCGGCUCAUUGGUCCAAAUAAAACACCAUAUGAAGUAGCGUCAUUUGCCACCCCUAAAGAUGUUUGUGCUUUGUAUUAUUAUUGUUGUUCCGUCACAUAACGGGUGCAUCAGCGUGCAUUGGCUCGCUGUCCUCGCUCCAAUGUUAAUAAUAGCAUGACACUGAAAUUGAAAUAUCUCGUCAGUCCUCAUAAAACUGACCAGAUAUUUCAACUCAUAAUGCUCAGUUGCCUCUUUUUUUAAUUUUGAGUAAGAUGACAGUUGUAGUUGUGUAGUGCUUUUCUCUGUUAGCAUGCAGAGUAUAGUGUGGAAUGACUGAUACUGUGCCUGAACUUGCAGUGUGUUUGCUUUUCCAUUCUUGUUUUUUUUUUUUUAAUUACAUGGAUGAGCAUCUUUAUUUUACCUUUUUGAGAGUGUAUGAAGUGAGAGUAUGAAGAGAGACCUGAAGUGAUUUUUUAUUAUUAUUUCAACUGAAGUUUUUAAUGUUCUGCUUUAAAUCAACAUCAUUCAUCCUAAACAGUAGGUAGCGUGUUGGGUUUAUCACUUUUUUUCUUUUAUAAUUGCAUCAGAAUAUUGUUUCAACAUGCUAUAAAAAUCCAAGGCAUUGAAGUGGUCAUUUUCAAAUUGGCAUCUUCUGUGUCAUGAUGCAAGAAUCUCUGCUGUUAUUUCAAGAACUUGAUGAAUUCCAGUAACUAAUUGCACAAGGGAGAUGGUCUCCCACUAUGUAAAUAAAUCUGAUACUAACAAGCA